GCAGUAAUUGAUUGGUGCAAAUGAGUCCUCGAGCGCGUAAACCAAAGAAGAGCCCCAGCGAGAAGGCGCCUCCUAGCAGCAGCAGUGGCAGUGGCAGCGGUGGUGGUGGCGGUGGCGGCGGCGGCGGUGGUGGCGGCUCUGGUGGUGGUGCACUCGCCGACGACAAACGACCACGGACGGCCUUCAGUGGACCACAGCUGGCGAGAUUGAAGCACGAGUUCGCCGAGAACCGAUACCUAACCGAGCGUCGCCGGCAGCAGUUGAGUGGCGAGCUGGGCCUGAACGAGGCGCAGAUCAAGAUCUGGUUCCAGAACAAGCGAGCCAAGAUCAAGAAAUCCUCCGGCCAUAAGAACCCCCUGGCCCUGCAGCUGAUGGCCCAGGGGUUGUACAAUCACUCGACAAUUCCGCUGACCCGGGAAGAGGAGGAACUGCAGGAGAUGCAAGCGGCCGCCCAGGCAGCAGCCGAAUCCCGCAUGGGUUCAUCGCCGGCCAGUGGCUAGCAUCGGUUGCGUCCGAGAAUGAGUUCGUAAUUUGGAGGUUUUGCAAUAGUCGUAACCAGACCGACAGCUAUCAGACAAUUUCGGUUUUCAGUUUAAGUACGACGCAACAAGUGCAGAAGCGGAAUAAAACAUCUGUGAUAUCUUAAUGUUAAUCUAACGCAACAGCUUAUGGAAUGUAUAUUAUUAGAGGAAGGGAUAUAUUUUGGAUGUUGUCCAUUUUUUAAGUGGAGUUUUGUCCUAGUUUAUACCAUUGUAAAUUUCGUCUGAACUGCUUACCGAACCGCGUCAAUCAGUGUAUGGUUUAUUAUGUGUUUUAAAUUACCAUUUGUCAAGCGAAUCGGUUCAAUGAACGUUUAAUCAAGUGAGUGUCAAUCAAUUGACUGUAGGUAAAGCAAAGUGUAUAAAUUGUACAUAGAAUCUCUCAUUAUAAAUAGAAGUAUAUCUGAUCUGACAUCAACCAUACGAAAAGUAGGACAAUUACGAAAAACUUAUUUAUUUCGUUUGUAAAUAUUGGAAUCGCUUAAUAGUAAGUUAUCAAU